UCCGCAUUGGGCGGUCUCGUGACAACAGCUCUGAGUUCUGAUAGCUUUGCUAAAUUAAAAUAUCUCUUGAGUAAAACGUUCAACUGAACGAACAACAACGUAAAAAUGCUUUCCCGUUUAUUAAAGGAGCACCAAUCGAAGCAGAACGAACGAAAAGAACUUCAAGAGGGACGUAGACGAGAGGCAAUUACUGCUGCCACCUGUCUAACAGAAGCCUUGGUGGACCACCUUAAUGUGGGGGUGGCCAAGGCAUAUGUGAACCAGAGGAAACUGGACCAUGAGGUGAAGACGCUACAGGUACAGGCCGGCCAGUUCUCCAAGCAGACUGGCCAGUGGAUUAGUAUGGUGGAAGGCUUCAACCAGGCCCUGAAGGAAAUCGGAGAUGUGGAGAACUGGGCUCGCAGCAUUGAGAUGGAUAUGAGAACCAUUGCCACAGCUCUGGAGUACGUACACAAGGGGCAGCUCACAUCAGCCUCUUCAUAGACACUCUGAACCUAAACCCAGAACUGAUGGAUUGCUGCUAGCGUUGGUAGAUGAACACUCUCACUGUGAAAGAGGGGGUGGAUUCACAGCGGAUACCACAAUUCUGGACCCAAAAUCCCGAUAAGCCAUCUAUCUCAAAGGACGAUAUGUGGGUUCAGACAUGACUACGGCUUUAAGGCUCUUUCCAGUGUUCAUGAGUGACACAUUGUGUUACAGUAGGUAUGUCUAUGGACAAAUAAACCUUAUUGAUCAGAGCAUCUUCAGUCCCAUCAGCAAUGUUGUUUUGUUAACAGCUCUUGUAUUGUUAUAGGUCUAUACCACAUAUAAUAACCUUGUGGUGGAAAUGUAUAACUGUCCUCCUACUAUGUGUAAUAAUGGGCCAUAACCUCACAUCUGGUCCAUGUGAAUGUAGCAACACUCCUAAUAAUAAGGAUUUAGCCGUUCACACAAACGUUAUUUCGCCAGUGAGUUGAUCAGUGUGGGAGAACGAGGCAAAGCAUAUCUAACGUACGUCGCUCUGGAUAAGAGCGUCUGCUAAAUGACUUAAAUGUAAAUGUAACGAAUCAAUGUUUUUACGAUCUUCUCCUGAGAAGAUGAAUAGUUCAGAUUGGGGUGCUAGUCUCUCUAAAUGUAUUACAUUUCCCUAUUCCCAUGGAGGAUGAACAGGACAGCUAGCUGACACGGAACUCAAACCGGCUGUGCAUCAAUGUAUUUUGUCCCCCCCACACCAAACAUGAUCACGACAGGCAGGUUAAAAUAUCAAAACAAACUGAACCAAUUAUAUUAAUUUGGGGACAGGUCAAAAAGCAUUAAACAUUUAUGGCAAUUUAGUUAGCUAGCUUUCACUUGCUAGCUAAUUUGUCCUAUUUAGCUAGCUUGCUGUUGCUAGCUAAUUUGUCCUGGGUUUCUAAUCAUUGAGUUAUUUUACCUGAAAUAAACAAGGUCUUCUACUCCACUAAUUAAGCCACACAUUAAACGGUCAACUGAAUCGUUUCUAGUCAUCUCUCCUCCUUCCAGGCCUUUUCUUCUCUUGACUUAAUAUUGCGAUUGGCAACUUUCAUAAAUUAGGUGCAUUACCGCCACUGGCCUCCUUCGUCUUUCAGUCACCCACGUGGGUAUAACCAAUGUGGAGAUGGCACGUGGGUACCUGCUUCUAUAAACCAAUGAGGAGAUGGAAGAGGUAGGCCUUGCAGCGCGAUCUGCAUCAGAAAUAUAACUGACUUCUAUUUUAGCCCUUGGCAACAGACGUGUGGGUGAAAUAAUUGAAUAAUAUAGCUUUUAAAAUGUAUUUUGCGACACUGGAACAAAAGAGGCCUGUUUGUGUAAAAGUAGCGUGGGUAAAUUGGAUUUAUUGGCUUGUAAUUACAAGAGCAAGUGUCCUGUUUUAGAAAGAGACUGACUGACUAGUUACUGCCUUCUCCCUGUCUGACUAAAACUACCUACCCUGGUUGUUGCAGAAUUCCUCAAUCAAUAUUCAUCAUUGAGUAAGAUGGAAGAGGCAGGACUUGAGGAGCCCUGCACACUAUUAACCCAAUAGUAAAUGGAUUGUGGCAGUAGACAUCAUGCAAUAGUUAUGUACUCCUUACUCUGCUUAUCUUAAUCGGCAUACGAUCAUAAUCGAAGCAUAUGCCGAUUUAAACAUCUGGUUUUCUACACCGUCUUUCAAAUGAUUACGACAUGUAAAGAAACUUAAUCAGAUUUCCAGCGGUGUGUUUGACCUGCACAUGUGCCAGAACCAGCAGCACACAUUUCCUUUGAAUACACAAGUAUGCAUCUUUAGAAAUAUAGUUUUCACAUACAAACUUUAUAGGUCCGAACUCUUGUCUCUAAUAGGCUCUUCAAAAAAUAACAGGGGUGCUGUGUGAGAACGUUUAUUUUGAUUGGCGAUUUUCUGCAUUUAUCAAAGUCCCAUCAGGUAGCCUGAUUUCAGAUGUGUCCAUGUUAACAGGAUUUUUUGGGGGGGGGAAUCGUCUUCUUGUAAAAGCAUGAAAACAUUUUGAAAUCAAAUGAUUAUGUUAAUUGGACUGUGUGCACAGAACCGUACUCAUUCAUGUCAGUCUGGGUUAGCAAGGCUUGCUACCUCGACCCUGUGUAAUAAAUCUGAUGGUAACAUCUCAA